AUGAAUGAAGAAUUUGUCAAACUUCAAGAAAACAUUAUUAAGGAUUUUAACCUACAGAAUGUCGAAGUUGUUCAUGCUGAUGUCCGGAACAGAGCAGAUUUAGUUUCUCAAGCGGAUAUGAUAAUUAUGAACAAUGUAUUUUCGUUUUUCAUGGAUAGAGAUGAACAGGCAGAAUGCUUUGAGUUUAUACACAAACAUGCAAAAAAAGGCUGUUUGAUUGUCCAUAAUCCAGAUAUUGGAACUGUAUUAGCUCAUUUAAAGCUGACAUUCCAAACACAAGAGUGGUUAGAAGUUAUUUCAACUAAUGAAGAAUGUGAAAUGUUUGCAAAUGGGGAUCAAGAUGUUUUGUCAGAUUGUGAGAUGUUAGGAUUCUACAGCGUCAGAUGA